AUCUUAUAUCUCUUGAAAAAACACACCAUGAUGACGUCCUUACUAAACAAUCCAUUCUUCUCCUCCUUUCUCCACAUCCUGUUUUUGCUCCUUCACAUAUUCAAUUCUUCUUCUUUCUUUGCUCUAGCUGAACACACUUCCUCCACAACUUCGCUAUUUGGUAAUAAUAAUACAGAAGCUAAGGCUCUUCUCCAAUGGAAAGCCAGUCUUGACAACCAAAGCCAAUCUGUCCUUUCUUCUUGGGUCGGCAUCAGCCCUUGCAUCAACUGGAUUGGAAUCACCUGUGGCAAUUCUGGAAGCGUCACCAAUUUGACACUCCAAAGUUUUGGCUUGAGAGGUACGCUUGAUGAUUUCAACUUCUCGACCUUCCGUAAUCUUUUUGUUCUUGACCUUGCGAACAAUUCUCUUUCUGGAACCAUCCCACAUGAAAUUGGGAAAUUAAGAAACUUAGCUCUCCUUAAUCUCUACGUGAACCAACUUUCUGGCUCCAUUCCUCGAGAAAUUGGGUUGUUAGAGUCUCUCAAUGAACUUAACUUGGCAAGUAAUGUUUUAACCGGUAGAAUCCCUUAUUCCAUUGGAAAAUUAAGAAAUUUAUCUUUCCUAGCUCUGUCUACCAACGAACUCUCUGGUCCCAUCCCUUCUUCUAUUGGAAACUUGACAAGCAUAUCUGAGCUCUAUCUUGGGCAUAACAAACUCUCUAGUCCCAUUCCUCAGGAAAUUGGGUUGCUAGAAUCUCUCUAUCACCUUGCCUUGUCAGGUAACAAAUUUCACGGCCCAUUGCCCUCAGAGAUGAACAAUCUCACCCAUUUGAAGGUUUUGGUUUUGGAUACCAACGAAUUCACGGGUCAUUUGCUGGCAGAUUUAUGCCAUGGAGGAGUAUUGAAAAUCUUUACUGCUUCCCACAACUACUUCUCAGGUUCAAUCCCGGAAAGCUUGAAAAACUGUACUGGUUUACACCGACUAAGACUUGACUGGAAUCAGUUAACAGGAAAUAUUUCUGAGGUUUUUGGUGUCUAUCCACGUCUGCGUUAUAUUGAUUUGAGUUACAAUAAUUUUUAUGGUGAGCUCUCUUCAAAAUGGGGAGAUUGUCGUAACAUGACAAGCCUUAAAAUCUCAAACAAUAAUGUUUCUGGUAAGAUACCACCAGAGCUUGGGAAGGCUGCUCAGUUACACUUGAUAGAUUUGUCAUCAAAUCAGUUAAAAGGAGCCAUCCCCAAAGAUUUAGGGGGUUUGAAGUUGUUGUACGAGCUUCUUCUUAACAACAACCAUCUUUCAGGUGCCAUUCCCUUAGAUAUUAAGAUGCUUUCCGAUCUUCAAAUCCUUAAUUUAGCAUCUAAUAAUCUGACUGGAUUGAUUCCAAAACAACUUGGGGAAUGCUCAAAUUUAUUGAUGCUGAACCUCAGCGGUAAUAAAUUUAGAGAAAGCAUUCCAGGUGAGAUAGGCUUUCUACUUUAUCUUCAAGAUCUUGAUCUUAGCUGCAAUUUCCUGACUCGAGAGAUACCGAGGCAACUUGGGCAGCUGCAAACGUUGGAAACUCUGAAUGUCUCUCACAACAUGCUUUCUGGACGGAUUCCGAGCACUUUCAAAGACAUGCUAAGCUUAACAACUGUGGAUAUAUCAUCCAAUAAGCUACAAGGCCCCAUUCCCGAUAUCAAAGCCUUCCACAACGCUUCAUUUGAGGCAUUAAGGGAUAAUAUGGGUAUAUGUGGCAAUGCCAGUGGUCUAAAGCCAUGCAAUCUUCCAACAAGCAGCAAAACUGUUAAGAGAAAGAGCAACAAGCUUGUGAUUUUGAUUGUAUUCCCUCUUUUAGGAAGCUUGCUUUUAGAGUUUGGAGCUUUAUUCAUUCUCUGCAAAAGAGCUAGGAAGAGAAACGCUGAGCCAGAAAAUGAACAUGAUCGAAACAUGUUCACGAUAUUGGGCCAUGAUGGGAAGAAGAUGUAUGAGAAUAUCGUUGAAGCUACAGAGGAAUUCCACUCCAACUACUGCAUUGGCGAAGGAGGAUAUGGAACUGUUUAUAAAGCAGUGAUGCCAACAGAACAGGUGGUUGCUGUGAAGAAACUUCACCGGUCACAAACAGAAAAGUUGUCCGAUUUUAAAGCUUUUGAAAAGGAAGUUUGCGUGUUGGCAAAUAUUCGACAUCGAAAUAUUGUGAAAAUGUAUGGAUUUUGCUCACAUGCAAAGCAUUCUUUUUUGGUUUACGAGUUCAUUGAAAGAGGAAGCUUGAGAAAGAUUAUAAGCUGUGAGGAACAAGCAAUUGAGUUCGAUUGGAUGAAAAGGCUAAACGUUGUGAAAGGGGCGGGUGGAGCUUUAUCCUAUCUACACCAUUCUUGCUCUCCUCCAAUCAUUCAUCGAGACAUUACCAGCAAUAAUAUCCUUCUGGACAUGGAAUAUGAAGCACACAUCUCCGACUUUGGCACAGCUAGAUUGUUGAUGCCUGACUCAUCCAACUGGACCUCAUUUGCAGGUACUUUUGGAUAUACUGCUCCAGAGCUAGCUUACACAAUGAAGGUGACUGAAAAAUGCGAUGUCUACAGCUUCGGAGUGGUAACAAUGGAGGUGAUGACAGGAAGGCACCCAGGCGAUCUCAUUUCAGCACUCCUAUCACCAGGAUCUUCGUCAUCAUCGUCGAUGCCACCGAUUGCUCAGCAUACUCUAUUGAAGGAUGUGUUAGACCACCGCAUCUCGCUUCCUAAAAAAGAAGCAGCAGAGGGCGUUGUCCACAUGAUGAAAAUUGCACUUGCAUGCUUGCAACCCAAUCCCCAAUCUCGGCCUACAAUGGAAAAAAUUUCUUUCGAGCUGACAACCAAGUGGCCUCCACUGCCCAAGGCAUUUUCCACAAUAAGUUUGGGAGAUCUCUUCUCCACUGCCUAAGGCUACUUCUAUUCGAUUAUCUAAGAUCUCUUCUCCACAUGAAUUUUAUCAUCAAACUUUUUUUCACACUAAGUGGCCUCCGCUGCCUAA